UGGAUAAGUCUUUCUUUCUCACUGUGACCACGCUCAACAAUCUCGUCUCCACGGGGAGGGCUAUUUGCUCCUCACAGACUUAGAACUCCCUGUAGUUAAUCAUUAUGUCUCAAUCCACGUCCUCUGUGGACCUGGCCGCAACACGUCAACCCAACUUGUAUGCCUCUUCAAUUUUACCUUUCUGCAUCGCAUUCAUCUGUGUCGCUCUUCGAUUUUGGUGCCGCUGGAGAAACACAGCAGGUGUCUGGAUUGAUGACUGGCUGAUUCUAGCCUCACUGGCGUGCGGCGCUGGCCUGACCGCUUCGUUAUUGUGGUGGAUACCUCGCGCUCUUGGAAGGCACAUUCAGACGUUCGGACCCAAUGCGACGGAGGAUGCAUAUAUCGGGCUAUUCUCUUGUGAACUGACCUACACCGGAGUUAUUGUCCUGGUCAAGUUCUCGAUUCUGGCCUUGUACUGGCGUCUAUUCAACAGAUCGAACAUCAAGAUUCCUAUCGGCAUCAUCGCCUCAGCGGUCUGUAUGUGGGGUAUCGCGGUAUUCCUGCUCACCUUGCUGCAAUGUGUACCAACCCGAGGCUUAUGGGAUCAAUCGAUUGAUGCCUCCUGCAAUGUCGACAGCCAAAAGUUCCUGUUCGCAAUCUCAAUCCCCAACAUCAUCAUCGACGUUACUCUUCUCACGCUACCUAUCCCGUACAUCUUGAAACUCAACACCUCGAGCAGCCACAAAAAAGCUAUCAUGUCAAUGUUUCUGCUCGGCAGCUUUGUGUGCAUCGCAUCAAUCAUGCGACUCGUCUCAGUCAUGCGUCAGGGGACCAAUGCGGAUAUCACCUGGGAAUGGGUCGAUCAGGCCAUUUGGGCCACCGUCGAAGCCGACUUGGCAAUUGUCUCAGGUACGUGCUGAUCUUCUUGCUGGACAGGGGUGACUUCGGGUGUACUAUUGACUGCAUCAACAGCUUGCCUCCCCACCUUGCGACCUGUCUGGGUCGCAGUGCGACACAAGCUCUUGGGUUCUCAACCAGCCAACCAACCAGCCGACCAACCCUCUUGGGCUACGCCACAGCAACGCUCUCAGGCCUC